AGGGUUAGGAGUGAGAGUGAUAUUGAGUGUGAGUUAAAGUUUUUUGAAGAUUCUGACUACAUCCAUCCCCCUACUCCAUGUAGUGAAAGUUACAAGACUAAGAAGAUGUCUUUUGAGGAAACAUUGAGCAUUCGGGGAAGCGAGGAAGUAAGGAUGCUGGAGUACAGUGAUGUAAGUGUUGACGGUGGGUCGUCUGGGUCUGAGCGUAUAGAGGGAGGGGUAGGUAGAAAUGAAGUUGUUGAGGUUGGGGCAGAAAAGGUGCCUGUAAAUAUAUUGGAAGUGGGAGAUAGGAAUGAUAAGUUUUACGAUAUUGGGGCAAACAUUGUGUCUGAGGUAAAAGAGUAUGAGUCUAAGUUCAGGACAAGGCUUAGGUUUCCUUUGCCUGAUUUGUUGAUGUGGCUGUUGUUAGAGUAUAGUGUAGGUUUGACCCAAUUAUCUCCCAAUGCUGUGAGAGUGAUAAUUGGGUUCAUAGUAUAUUGCCAGGCUAAGGGGGUUAAGGCGCCCAUAGUAAAUAUGUUUAAGCACUUUUUUGUGCUGAAGGCUAGGAAUAGGAAGGAGAAGGGGUGGUACUACUUUACACCUCGAUCAUCCAACAAAAAGAAGAGAAACCUGUUUAGUGCAGAGCCUUCCUCCAUUAAGGGAUGGAAGCAAAAAUUUUUCUUUGUUGAUGACACCGAGUGGGAGAGGGGAGAUGGGGAAGUAGAGUUUUUGUCUACCUUGAAGGCUAACAAGGCCAACCAAAAUAAGUAUAGUUUAAAUAGUGAUGAGGAGGAAGAAGUAGAGAAGCUGGUGAGAAAAGAGGGUGAUAUAAUAGACAUUAUAUUUCUCACCAGUUCGGAUGUUAUAGAAGCAGCUGAGCUUUAUGGGUUGAGCUCAAUGAGUGAAAGUGUAUUUGUAUCUUGUGUGAUGUGUAAGCCAAGGAAGAAGUCCAAGACUUUGGAGAAGGUUGCGAGUGGGAAAGGAGAUGGGAACGUGGAAAAAGGACAGAUGUCAAGUACAGAAGUCCGAACUGCAAAGGAGGUGGAGCUGAGGGGGGAUGAGGUGGUGGAAUUCGUACCUCGGCCUGUGCUUGUUGAGCUUGAUCCGGACCUCAAAGAGACCGAGGUUCCUGCCCUUGGCAAAGGUAAAGCAGUUGUUCCCACGCCUUCUUUCCAAAGCAGCAUUUUUGGGAACAAGAACUUCUCUGCGGCGAAGAAUUUCAUCAAUGCCUAUGUGCCUGAGGUGGAUCGCCGUAAAGCGAGGGAGGAAGCCUUGGUACAUGGAGGGAUCUCAGUUGUGAGGCAUGAUCUAGAGACUGCAACUUGGGUUAAUGUGUUAGCCCAAGAAUUCAUGGGGCUUGUGAAGGAGCACAACAGCCUGCAGAAGGAAAGGGACGAGCUGUUGAAAAAGAAUGGGGAAAUGAAGAGGGAACUGGAUAUUGUGGCACCAGCAAUGACGAGUUUACAAGAGGAGAGAGACACACUAAAGACGAUUCUCUCAUUCGAAGAGAAGAAAAGGAAAAUGUGCGAAGAAGAAAAUGAAGCACAAGAGGAGGAAAUAAAGAGAAUGAGAGAAUUCAAGGUGGAACUCAAAAAGAAUGUCCAGCUGCUGGUCCACAACGGGAUGGAAGAGCAUAUUAGCAACUCCAUCAACUCCAGCUCGUUUGACAACAUCGUCAAUAUCUACCGGUUGCCGACUACAAUCCUCACCUUCACUGAUUGUAGAAAGAAGGUGAAAGCUGAGUAUCCCGAAGUGGAUAUAACCAAGAUCACCUUCAGUGAACAAAGAGGAAGGGUUGGAGGAGAACGGCAAAAGCAUGUCAGUAGAUUUCUGACCUCAGCAGUGGAGGAAGAGGAAGGAGAAGCAGAAGGGGCUGAAGUUGAGGAAAGUCAGCCAUCUCCUCCCAUGGAGGUGCAUCCAGUUCCCUUUGAAGAAGAGCAGCCACCUCUUCCAAUAGAGCAGGAGCCACCCCAGUCACUUCCUCCAGUGGAAUAGUUUAGGGAUUUUUUUAUUUUUUGAUUUAUGUAGUUAGGAUUUGAAUAAUGAUUAGUGUACACAUUUGUUGAUUAAUGAAAGGAAAAUUUUUUA